AUGACCUCCAAGCUCAUGGGCAAGCUCAAGGAGACGCUGGGCAACGACGCCCGGCCGGCGAUCCCGCUCGCCCGCCCCGAGGCCGCGUCCGGCUCGGCGCCGCGCGAGAUCCAGUCCUCGCCGCGCGUGCAGUUCAAGGGCUCAAGCUCGACAUCGACGUCGCCAUCGACGGGCGCCAGCCCCCCCGCCAAGCACGACGUCCUCGACGCCGCGCACUCGCCGCCGUCGGUGCUGAGCCAGCACCUCGGCCCGCCGACCAUUGAGCACAAGUAUCCCCGGGAUAGUAAGUGGCGGAGGCACUCGAUCAGUGCGCAGGAGCAGCACUAUUUGCGAUAG